AAACGAUCGCCUGGCGGAAAUCUGCUCCAUUUCUGUUCCAUUUGGAGCUGCCGCUCUCUCUCUGCUGCUGCAAGACACAUCACUGCAGGAUCACCCCCAGCUCUGCCAGCACUCCUGGAAUGCCAAGAGAUCCUGCCUGCAACCCCACUAACAAUUUUCUGGAGACCCCUGCAGAACGUCCACCGAAUUAAACCUUCCCGCACGGAGCUCCGCCGUCGAUCUCGGCAACAAAGGCGAGCAGCAGGCGCAGCAAAGGGUUAACUCCGGCUGUUCGCGUUUCUGCCUUCCCUCUUUCAGGCUGGGUCCCUGCCAGGAGGAAGCAGUUCAAGUUGAAGGCUGGUGGUGCGUGCAGCAGCAUCGGGCGCAUGUCUGCGCUCCCCAGCAGCCGGAGCGGGGAGGGUCUGGCAGGCAGCGAGCGGCCGCCCCGGGAUGGCACAGGGCUCCGAGUGCCGAAACUCCCUCCUCUAUUACUACAGCGUCAAAUUCGCUUUGUCCACCUAUGCCACUCUCUUCUCGAUCAUCGGCCUCGUGAUCCUGUGCAUUGGGAUUUAUGCCGAAGUGGAGAGGCAGAAGCACAAAACCUUGGAAGGGAUGUUCCUCGCUCCAGCCAUCAUCCUGCUUCUGCUGGGCUUCACCAUGUUCAGCGUCUCCUUCGUCGGCAUGGUGGGGAGCCUCAGGGACAACCGGACACUUCUGAAGAUAUUCUUUUGGGUCCUUCUGGUGAUCUUCAUCACGGAGCUGCUGUUGAUAUUCAUUGAAAUCAUCUUUGAAAACAAGAUGAAUGCAGUUUUGCACUCCAACAUUCAGGAGGGCAUUCGGCACUAUUAUGACGACCUUGACUUCAAGAACAUCUUGGAUUUUGUCCAAGAAAAGUUUUCUUGCUGUGGUGGUGAUGAAUACCGGGACUGGGAGGUCAAUCUGUACCACUCCUGCAAUGGCAGCGGACCACUUGCAUGCGGUGUGCCCUACACGUGCUGCAUCAGGAAGGUCCCUGGAGAAGUCAUUAACACCCUGUGUGGAUACAGGACACUCGAGAAGGAGCGCCUGGAGCUGCUCGAUGUCAUCCACGUGCGAGGCUGCAUCCACGCCGUGGGGCUGUGGCUGAAAGAUAACUUUGAGUCCACUUUGAGCAUUGUUUGCUCCCUGCUGCUUCCCCAGGUGGUCGGCCUGGUGAUGGCGUGGCUGUAUUGGCAGAAGCUCAAUGAGAUUUACUCUCAGCUGGACACCGUGGACUUCAGGAUGCUGGAGGUGCGUGAUUUCAGCUUCGGGGCAUUGGAUCUGAGCGGUGCGGGCUGGUGCUGGUGCUUGCCCAAGGAAGGAGGAUACAUCCCCAUCAAUGCCAUGGAGGAGGAAGAGGAGGAAGAAGAGGAGGAAGGCUUGUCUGUUACAGCCAAAAGUGAGGAGCUGGAGGGCUGAAAGCAGCGGUGGAAAAAGAAGGUUGGAGUAAAACUCUCAGUGAGGCAGCUGAUGCUGAAUGUGAAAAUGUCGCAUCCUCAGGUUCAGGAGAUCCCUUUGGGGAAAACUGCGAAGUAGCCUUGGGAGGCUGGAGCAGUGCAAUGCAUUGUGUGGGCACAUGAGCUCCCCAGGGCCCUUUUACCACAUUGCUGACUUGAAGUAUUUGUACAUCUCUUUUUUAAAAGUUUUUACACAAUAAAUGUGACUGCUGUUCUGUU